GCCAGCUCUUCGAAAUCGACCAAUGCCCCACAGGAAAGGUGUACAGUUCGGCAGUUUUACCACCUUUCCUAUUCCGUGCCAUGGGCUAGUAGAUCCUAAUCACGUUCCGAGAUUCAUACCUCGCCAUCGUACACGCUUUCCUACUCAAUCUAUCCUACGGAAGGUUCAAGCACAGGCUGCGCGGCUUCACGAGACUCCUGCAAUUAUUGACAAGCAUGGUACAGCGUUCGGAUCAUCCUUAACAAAUUGCUCUCGAUCGUAUCCGUACCCCCGUCGGGGUUCAACGGUGGCAUCAUUGUACAAGCCAUGGUCGGAGUCUCACCACCGGCAUGCUUCCAGUUCGGGAUCGCGUCAGACACAUCGACGCGCUGCAUUCUCCUUCGGAAAGGUCAAGUUAAAUGCCGAUGGAGAGCCAUGGAUUGAUCCUCAAGGGGGAUGGCAACCUCCCCCGAACCCGUGGUUAGAGCCGGAGCAAGAGUCAAAUGUUCAGGCAGGCACCUCCGACGACAACAAUUGGGAAUGGGACCAGAACGAGAAAAGGUGGACCAAUCCGCGAGGACGGUGGCAUAAUACUCGGAAUGGCUGGCAGUGGCAGUGGAAUCAAACCUCAGGUAGUAGUCAUGAACCAGCGACUCAGCCAACCCUGCAUCUCACUCCUGUCGAACUAUCUCCUCUCCCGGUCGUCGCGACAAGACCUUCUCAUCGAAAGAGAGCUUCUCUCGAUCUAAAAUCUUCCCAGCCGGUAGAACUCUUCAAUGUGACCCCACACAAGUCCAAAUCCUCGUCAAAGGAGCGGCCCAAAAGUGACUCGUUUGACCUCAGAAGCCUUGCUUCCUCACUUCUUCAGGCCCCUUCCUACCAGCUUCACACGGACCUGAUGACUGUUCAACCGCUUCUCUGGUCCAUCCUCGAUGUGCCUUCCCAAAGAACAGUGUCUCUGCUCUCAUGUAUUAGUUCCGGAGCUGGUCCAAGGCUCGACGUACCGACAUGCCUGGGCGCGACGGAAGUCGUCGUACAUUCACACCCUAGGUUCUCCAAGAUACACUUCGAACACUCUCCCACGAUACAAGAACUGCUCGAAGGAAUACGUGGCUACUUCUAUGCCAGGAUCAGCAAGAAGAGAACGAAGACUUUGACUAUGGACGAUCGGAACACGAUUUUCGCUGCCAAGUCCAAGCGUAUGUUUCUGCGCGGCUCUGGAGAGGUUGAGGAUGAUUUAAGAGUCGAUUUAUUGGACGGUUACGUGAUGUUCAAUGGCCUGAAGGUGCUGAGCCACGACGUGAGUGGAAAGGUAGAGGAUGGCAUUGGAACUUCGAAGAGAGAAACGAUGGGAUUGGCAUAUGACUUAUCAGAGAUGAGCUGGCACCAUUCUCUUACGACUAUCACGAUAUUCAAGGCAUAA